AUGAGAGUUGGAGGGCAUUAUGAUCAGAACAGAAAAUUUUAUAUUUUGCUGGAGAUGUUGUAAAAGGUAAAAUUUUCAAGAAUUUUAGGAAAUUUAUACCAUUAUCUUAUAAAACCAGGAUAUCAUGGAAAUGUUGUACAAUUUUCACUUGUUGGAAAGUAGAAAACUCGAUUUACAACUGGAUCUUAUAAAACAGAAGGAUCCAUGA